AUGGUGGUGACUAUCAAUCCAGAUCAGCAUGCGGCCGUUUUACGCGUCUCCGCGUAUCAUCGCCGAGACUUUGACCUCAGCGUCGUCUGUUCAGAUCCACAAAAGCAUUCUGCGGUUCAACCCUUCAUCUCCGAGCCGUUUCCAAACCCCGCGACUGCGCCCCUCGGGGCGUUGAGACACCUCCCAAAUGAAGUCCUCGCAGAGAUAUGCUCCUAUCUAGAUGUCCUAUCCUCCUUCAAGCUCCGCCAAGUCAGCCGGGAGGCCCGUCAAGUUGUAUCAGCAUCGCCGGCAUAUCGAGACCUUUCAAAACAUUGCUUAGAGAGCUUACGUGGAGCCCUACGAAUGGAGAUUGCCGACUGGCUGCCAGUGGCUGAUCUCCAUCGGGUGCUCUGCACGUCUGAGUGCUCUCGGUGUGGCUGCUUUGGGCCACUCCUGUUCCUACCAAUGAUCGAGAGGUGCUGCUAUCGCUGUCUAGUGACAGAACCGGAGUUUCGUCAAGUAUCGCUCUCUGCACUAUCCGAAGCAACCAAGGUUUCCACAAGCCGACUGCGCGAACUAGUGCCAGUCCUCCAUACCAUUCCGGGCAAAUAUCAUCUAUUUGGGCCUCGUUUUACGGAAACGCAUGACUUAGUUGCCGAAAGAGCUAUCCUGCAAUGUCCAACGCCUCUUGAUAUUCAGGAUCUCCCAGAUUUCAUCCCGGAACCCGAGGAUGAACAUGUUGUCCUUCGCUGUAUGAUGGCAACAGCCUUCCCGUACUUGGGCAAAGCGAGCUCCGAUAUCGACGGCGGUGUGAGCUGCAAAGGUUGUCUGAUCGCCGCAACAGAUAAACGUGAGGUAAGCGAUAAGACCAAGGCUAGCGAGCUCAUGGAGAUGUCAUACUCAAGAGAGGGAUUCUUGGUUCAUUUUCAGUCGUGUGAAGAAGCCCAGAAACUCUGGCAAGCAAGCCAUGGGGGAACAGUUGAGGCUGCAAAGUUUCCAUAUGUCAGAAAUUUCGAAUACAUAUCUGCAGACCACCCGGAGGAAUACUAUAACUGA